CUUCACUUUGAUUAAUAGUCCUACGGAGUAAAUAUUCGAAGACGAUUAACUUCAGCCGGUCGCGUUGAGGGCAAUAAUCGAAAAUGUGCUCCARUGUUGGUGUGAUGAUGUUGAUCCUACUGACGGGUAUCGCUCAGCCACGUCUAAUCGAAGUGAACGACAAAGAGUUUGAAAAAUACGCUAGUGAUGUKGACAGCAUGAAGAAAACAGUUGAUGCAAUGAAAAAGAUCAUGGCUGCCACGAACAGGCAAGURCUGUUGCAACAACUCUUCGUCGAAGAGCGAAUUCGAUCCGAUGGCGAUUCAGGUGUCAAACAAGUACGGGUUAGUAUUGAUGGAACCCGUAACUACCAUUCACCUUCGCAUGCAAGUGGAAGCUUCAUGUCCAUCCACGACCAUUCCAACAACAUCCGUACUGUAGGUAUGGGWGAAUUCAUUGGGGUCCUCAAUGGUGUUGAAUUCCGAACCAGGCACAACGACUAUCGUCUCUAUAUGCCAUCCACAACCUCAAAAGAUUGGCACGCUAAAGAAAACAUACCUUUCCCAGACGUCCCACCUGCAGUAUUGCAAAAGAAAACACUAGAUGAUCAGAUUGACGAAAUGCGCGAAUGGUUUAAGGCAUGGAGAGAUCAAAAUAAUAAGACCAGAGAUUAUCGAAAAUACUUUAAACCAGUUCUGUGUUAUUUAGAGGGGGUGUGGACAACCUCUACCAAGGGUAAAGUAGAGGAACCUUUUGAGAGUGACAGACACUUUGUCGACGCWAGCAGCUGGUUUGACUUGCAAGAGAAAAUCCGCUUCACCUCGUACACUGGUCGCAAGGACAACUUGGAGAACUUCUCGUUUCUUCCUACGACGAUGAUAAAUGUAACCGAGGAAGGAUAUCCCGAGUUUGCCCAGUGGAACUACCGCAUAAUGUGUCAUCCAGUCAGCCGAGAUCUUCCUCUGAAUCAUCUUCGUGUGGUCGACGAGCUUGGCUCACGAUUAUCAUUCAAAAAGACGUUAAAACAACACAGCAUGUCACGUGCCGCACGCUUCCAGAUAAACCCCUUUGAUAAAGACUGGGCUAAGUCGACUGAAGGCAGGAACAACGAGAGAUGGGGCCUUCUGGAUUCACUGAUGAGCGAGAUUCCCGGGAAAGAUAACUAUCGCGCCUAUUUGGAAGAYGAAGCAUUUGACAUGACAGCCUACUCGAAUGAUCCAAAACGAGAUAAAGUGAAGCUCAACGCCGCUCGUUAUCAUCGCUAUUAUACUGUUGAAAGGAAAGGUGCAAUGGGUACCUCUACACGUCAUCGUGGAUUUUCCGACCAGAACCUCUUUAUGGCAAUGAACACACAACCUAAUGUCGCAGAAAUGAGCUCCAAGACUUGUAAAUGGCAAAAAAUUKAUAACAAAUGGAAAAAGGUUUGUAAAACUGUCAAUCAGAGAUGGUCGUACGCCAUUCCACUUGAGAUUAUCUAUUUAACUCCAUUGAGCAAGUGGAAUCCUCACAAUAUUGAAUAUAAAGGCGACGCAAAGACAGACCUGGCUAAAACGGUUGAGAGAGGUGGACGAUAUGGUGGAAUGCKUCCACAUCAAGCGUACAACGGCACCCACAGCAGAAAGUACUACAUAACACCCGUGGAGUUCUUUUCAGGAAGUGAAGUAGGGAAAGGAGCAGCAGAUACCACGAGGAACACUGUUGGWGUACUUGACAAAAAAGGAAACGUGCAUAAGUGUAAAGCCAGUGGAACGAGAAUCUUCUUACCUAAUAUUGUUGAUGUUGGUAUUAUGCGUCAACGGUUUCCCAUUGCACCAGUCCACGGCGAGGGAAGUUCUGUGUGGAAAGAGCUGGAAGCCACCAAAGACUUGGUACUAGAUUCCUCGAAAAAUGGUUACAUAUUCCGAGAGCCAAUACAUAACUGUGGUCCAAAGCCUACUGCAGCUCCACAAAAUAGCCUCCGUUAUGAAGUCCAAAAUGCGCAAUUACAGAGCAAAGUUCCUGGACCUCAUACACACCACUUUUAUUUAACACCAAAGGAGAUUGCCUUCUUGAAGGAAAUGCCUGGCGUUCACGGUCACCAACUUACGGUCAUCACCARCGAGCGAGCCGGUCACACUCACAGAUURCAAAUWUAUUGGGAUAGCAGAUGGAAAGCAUUUUACAUCUUAAAGUGCGAUAGGAAACAGACGGUGGACUGGCGCGUGGUGUGCGCGGAUCGACAUCCCAGGAAAUUAGUCCUGGUUAAAGAGUGAGGCUUGACCAAUGAGAUUACUGAUCCAAAUGAAACGUUUACAGGAAAUAAAUUAGUAAUUUAACACUACUAGCAUGGCCUGUAGUAAGGGUAUUUUGCAGUUGUACUAAUAGAUGUCUCAAAAGCAGUCUAGGGUAUAAUGAGACCAUUCAUUCAUGGUUUAACAAUGGACUCCUGAUUAACUUAUUAUUAUCUUUUGAGGGACUUGAUUAACAAUUACAUAGUGUAAUAAUAACGGUACAAAUUUGAAACCUGAAUUAAAGCUUGGGGAGUUUGGUAUAAGGUGAAUAUUAGACAGAGCAUUGUAAAAAGAAUGCUUGGAUUAAACAGUUCAUGCAUUGGC